GGAUUUUUAAAUCCCAGGAAGUCCACACGGAGUUGUUUAUCGUAGCACGCUGUAUAGUAAAACAGCCUCUCUUAACUCGUACUCUUUUCAGAAAACGAACAUGGUUAAAGGUAAAAGGAAAACGGCAAUUUCUGCCAAACCGAAACCCGGGGACGCCGGUGUAAAAGACAAAGAGGCAAAGGAAAACAAACACGGAAAAGCUGCGACGUGCCAGGGACAGACGACAAUAUCCAGCUGUCUAAAUGUAAAGCAGCACCGCUCUCCUCUCCAGAAAAGCCCUCUUCAAGAAAACAAUUCUGCAACAAGUACUGCACCUCGUGACACCAAUAAACAGGGUGCAAAUGAGUUGAACACAUCUAAACAAGAGAAACAUACGCUGGUACAAAUUCGUGACCCUAAUGAACAGACUGCUGUGCCCCCUGAUUCUGGGGCGAGGCAACACACACAAUCUGGGCAAGGGCCUAACAGCAAAAAAUCAAAAGGCAGAAAAGUAAAAGGCAACGAUUCUGAACAGAAUCGGAAGGUCACAGAUUUUUUUCCCAUUAGACGAAGUUGCAGGAAAAGCAAAGCUGAGCUGAAGUGUGAAGAACAUCAGCACAUUGAAGACCUCAUCAAAAACAAUGUGGAAGAGGGACUCAAGGUGAAAUAUAUUGAAGGAAAAGGACGAGGGGUUUUUGCGGACCGAGCGUUCCAGAGAGGCCAGUUUGUAGUGGAGUAUCAUGGGGAAUUGUUGGAGAUUGAUGACGCUAAGGAGAAAGAAUCUCAGUAUGCUCAAGACCCCACCACAGGCUGCUAUAUGUUCUAUUUCCGCUACCUCGACAAAAGCUACUGUGUGGAUGCUACUAAAGAAACCAGCCGUCUGGGACGACUGAUCAACCACCGUAAGAAUGGCAACCUUCAGCCCAAAAUUCACGAUAUGAAUGGAGAACCUCAUCUCAUCUUCCUGGCAUCCAGAGACCUCAAGGUAGACGAGGAGCUGCUGUACGAUUAUGGCGAUCGCAGUAAAGAAGCCACUGCAGCUCAUCCGUGGCUCAAGCAUUAACUCUUAAGGACUGAAAGAACAGGACAAUAUGGGAUUGUCAUGUUGUUUUUCUGUAAUUCGUGUAUAUUUGCUUUGACAUGGUCGGUUUUAGUCCACUUUUACAAAUGUAUAAAUUUACCAUAAAAUGAACUUCACCCUAUAAUCAAUUCCCUGACAUCCAGAAGGUGUUUAAUGGGGUACGAUUGGAAGCUCUCGGUUUUCAAGAUAAAUGAAGAUUAUUGCAUUUUAUAUAGAUUUAUGGACAAUAAAAUGUUUCAAUAUAUGAAAUACUGAGAUUUACAACAAAGCGUAAUAGGUCCAUUUGAAUUUAAUUGCUUGUAUCUUUUAAGAUAUGCUUCAAUGCAUUAAAGCACAUGAUAGCUACAGUGUGUAAAUGUGAAUAAAUGGUUUUGUUUUCUUAUAGAAAAAAUGAUCCAUUUUUACUAUGAAUUAAGAACAUUAGAAACAAAUUCUAUGAACAAGCUUUAAAGAUACAGGUCAAUAAAAAAAUCACAUUUUCACAUCUCUAUUCACAGCGUUGGGAUAUUAAUACAGGGGAGUGCUAAAUGUGCGAGACACACUGACUAGAUGAUUUGAUAUCAUUUAAAUUUGUCAUAAACAGUGUUGGGUGUAACUAGUUAUCAAGUAAUUAGUUACUGUAAUUUAAUUACUUUUCCAUUGGAAAAAGUAAAGUAAGGGAGUUACUUCUGAAGUAAUUAAACUAAAUACUGUGUGUAAUAUACUGUAUGUGUGUGCAAUAGUGGAAUUGACAUCAAAAUUCAAAGUCUAACUUUAAAAUCCAUGAUUUAAUGUAUAACUCUCACAUUUGCAAUAUUUUGGUCAGUUAAUAAUACUACAUGUAGUUUAAUAUUAUUUAUUUGAAUGAAUUAAAAGAGCCGUUUCAUGUCUAUCCUUGAAUCACUCAACUAAUCAAGGUUGAUAUAGGAUGUAUAAAGUAAUUAGUAACAAGUAAUUAAAUACUUCUUGGAGAGA